CUUAUAUAUAUAUCUUAUAUUUUGUGUUAUUAAUUCAAUUUGAAAAUUUAAUAUAACGUAAUGAUAUUUGUAUGAAAGGCUGACAGUAUUGAUUAAAAAGGAGAUAUACAAGCUUCUGGAAAAGUCUGCAGCAUUGUUGAAAAUGUUUAUAUUCUUCUAUAUUUUUGAAAUGUGAGGACAAAUGUAAGGACAAGAACGCAUGUAUUCAGAAAUCAAAUAUGAUUUAUUGAAGAAAUAAAAUGAAAUUAAUUUUUAAUAACAAGCGUUUUCAUUGUAACGAUGCUGUCGAUUUUACAUUAGUUUGCCAUCUAUCGGUAAAAGUAAAUACUAGCAAUCUAGAUACCUUCAUUGGGUACAACAGAAAUUUACAAUCACGUGACUACGAACGUUGAAAAUGUGACGCCAUUUGCAAAUGACAUAUGUCGCGUUCAAACGGUCUGUGUAAUUUUUUAUCUUUUUUCGUGAAAUAAUGCAGUCUUUUUGUGGGAAAAUAUAUUCCAAUCAAUUAACGAGUGAAUAGAAUUUAAUAGUUCUUUUGUAGGAACGCAGAUUGUUAUCAAGAACGUAAGAAAGACGAAAUUAUUAAUAAAUUCUGAUUGAAACGUGCGUACGAAGGAUAUUGUUUGGUUGGUAGUGUUCGAUGCACGAAGAAAAGGACGAGAUUUAUUAUUUACAAGGAAGCGGAAUGCUCGCGGAAUGUUUGCCGAAUGUUUCGAGCACGGUUGGAAUCGACGAUCGAUGCCUCGUCCAUUUACGCCGGCUUAAGGGGAGGGCCACCGGCGUUGCGAGAGACCGUCGCCGUUUUCGAGGCAACCACUUCCGGUAUUUAGAGUGCUUGCGGUUGAAAACCAUCAACCGGAUUUCAAAAACCGUGCAAAAUUCCCCGACAACAAUGGAAAGAACAACGUCCAUCGUCCCGAUGAAACAACGGAAACGAAAAUAGUUUCGACGACAACCAGCUGAUGCACGCGUUUCGCCGUCACGUUGGCGGUUGGCUUGCGUCGACUCAUUCCGCCGAGGCGUUAACGUAUGGCCACGGUGUCACCUUGGUAAGUAUAAUACAGGUUAUUCAUGCCUCCUUGGCGUCGCUGAAUCGACGGUGUGUCGCACGCGCGAGAACUUGGCACACGCACACGGACACGGACACGGACACACCGU